AAACUCAGUCCGGGUGGAAGCGCUUUUGAAUUCUGGACAGUUGAACCGUUUCAGUUAGUGGAGCUGUCAUUACACAUAGACUCCAAGAGUUUUACUGGGAGUUAGAGUCAACAGAUGUAGCUGUUUGUUGCAUCUCUGAUUAUUUUUAUUUAGAUAAGAUAGCCCGAUCUCUUAAAGUAAGAUAACAGGAUAGAGUUUUUAACAAACGAAAACAACGGACAAUGGACAAGUCGGUGUUCACUGCAGGACAGACUAGCACGAGUGUCACAGAGGGUGGGAUUCUAUCAUCACAGAGUGGAACCCAGGAAGACCGUGUUGGUCAGAAUACAAUGCAGCCUGAUGGAGUACAGGUCAUGUACUGUAAGGAGCUGGUGUAUGGAAGUGACGGAGAGUUUACAUUCGAAGAGCUGCGUGCCCAGCACUAUUAUAAAAAGAUUAAUGAAAAGUUCCAAAACUUAAACAAAGUCAAAGAAGAGCUGCAGUUGCAGAUUGAGCAGAAAAAGGAACUUAUUAAAGGAAGGACUAAUGCCAUCCAACAUCAGCAACCUGAUGUACCACAGCAUUCCCACCAGACCACUGUGGUCAGCUCUGCUCCUGUUCCCACUGAGGCCGCUCCAUUUAAAAUUUAUUGUGAGCCAGAAGCAUCUAAUAGCUCUUACAUGAGAAACAGCAUCAUAAACCGUGAAAAUAUGGGACAAGGCACAACCGGUGUAAAACAGAGUUCACAGGCAUCAAAAUCUUUCUCUACAUAUGGUGAGAAUGUUGGGUCUGAGAAGCAUAUUGAGAAACCAAAUACAAGAUCAUCCACUAUGAGUCUUAAAUCUUUGAAGCUACCCACGUCCAUCUUGAAAUGCAGACAGUCUGCGCCGGCGUGUUCUAAUGAAAAAGAUGCCUCCCUUUCACGCCCUGAAGAGGCCAUCAUCAAUGGCCACUGUAAUAAAACUCUCUGCCGAAGCCCAGAAGACACGUUUGAUUUUGUCCGUGCCGCUCAGCUGGCCUCCACACCAUUCGGAGGACCAGGGAGGCAAAACCCCUCCCAAAGAGAGCAGAUGGGAGCGCAUGAAUCCCUCAACAAAACAGAUUCUUUUAGUUUCAAAGAGCCAAACUCUGAGCCCAGAGCAGGGACAAAUAAACUAAGCCCAAUCCAGGAGAUUAGUCAUGAGUGGGGUUAUAACUCCUUAGCUUCCACCCAUCCUCUGCAGCCAGAAUCAAAAGGAAAGGCCACAGCUCUGUCAGGAAUUCCAGAGGUCAUUCAGCCUCUCACGAGACAAACAGUGUCUGCUCCUGCACUCGCAGAGACAAAGACAGAGAAUCCCUGCAGUCUGGACGUCAGAAAAGCACUGCUUAAUAACGUGGAUCUGCGUUCUACUGCAAACUUCAGCAGGAAAGUUGGACCUCUGCCUGACCCUGAUGACCUGCAGCUCGAUGGUAAAACACUGUUCUUCCUUAAAAAGAUGGGUGAUCAGGGAAUGCGCUUAUAUUUUUCCAGUGGUGGUAGUGUGCUGGUUAAGGUGGAUGAAUCCACAGUACCUUGGGAUUUUUAUAUUAGCUCUCAGCUGAAGGCCAGACUGCCUGCUGAUCACAAGCACGGUCAUGCUCAGAGCACCUGUUACCUCUAUGAAAAUGGAUCUUUCACCUUGUGGAAGGUUCCUCAAGGGCAAACUAUUCAAGACUUAUUAGAGGACCAAGUGGAUAGGCUACAUGUUCCACUUUUGACCAUUCGUUUAUUGGAGAUGGUGAAACAGAUGCACUCGUGUCGACUCGUUCACGGGGCUUUACGACCUGAAACACUAAUGGUGUGCCACAGCUGUGAAGACAGUGUUAUCUGUAUGGAUUUCUCAAAUUCAUUGGACUUGGAGCUGCAGACUGAUGUAAAGACAGUGCAGUCUCUUCCUUCAGCUCAGGACUAUAUAAAGCAAGGCUUAUUGUUGCCUUCUGCCUCUCCUUACAAGGUAGACCUCUGUGGCAUUGCAGAAAUAGUGCACUUGCUACUGUUUGGAAAAAACAUGAAAAUUAUUAAGGAGGCAUCUUGCUGGACAUUGGCAGACGACUGUGGACCUCUGGAUUGGCAGAGGAUCCUUGACCCCAGCAACCUGCUCGAUCCUUUGUGGCAAGAUUUUUUUCACAACCUUUUGAAUCCGGGGGACAACUCAACAGAGUUUAUUUUGACCAACCUUAUCAACAACUUAAAGAACACUGUCUAUGAAGACUUGGAGUGUCAGUUUUCUUUAUAAUCCAUUGUCCGUUUUCUCUGUAAUGUAUUCUGUCUGUCUCUUUUCUGUGUCUUUCUACACGUUUCACUCAUCUGAUCUUAAAGUCAUUGGCUUUUAAUUUUUUAGAUCAGAUAAUUAAAUAAAGUUUUCAUCCACAUUGUUAAUUUUGCCUGUAACUAUCUUAUCCUGUUCUAGGGUUUUUAUCCUCAAUUAAACAAAUGAAAUAUGUUCAUGAAUAAACAUU